GUGAUACAGCUUUAUUGUCAUCACUGCUGGUAUGAAUGGGGGCAGGGGGAUUUCCUGCCUUCAUGUAAAGGGGAAGGAUAGUGCCUUCUCCUUUACAGAAAAGCCCCACUCGCAGAACUGGACAAGCUGAGCAUCUCACAAAAGGUUUGUGGAAGUGAAAGCAAGCCCUAUAUAAAUGGGGCCGUGCCAACCACACAGCAAUGAGCAGCAGAGGCUUUCCCGAGGGCAGCAGGAAAGAUGAAUGCUCUCCUUGCGUUGGCCGUGCUGUUUGCUUGGGGCUCAUCGUUGGCUGGUGGGAGCCUCUGGCAGCUGCACAAGGUGGUCACAAAGAUGACAGGGAAAAACGCCGUGCUGUAUUACUCCUCCUAUGGCUGCUACUGUGGCAUGGGGGGCCGAGGGCAGCCCAAAGAUGCCACAGACAGAUGCUGCCAGCUGCACGACAUCUGCUAUGACAGCCUGCAGCACUACCACUGCAACGCCAAGCAGCAGCACUAUCGGUACAGCUGGCGCGGCGGCCGCCUCACCUGCAAUAAUGAUUUGUGGUGUGCCCAGCUGUCCUGUGAGUGUGACCGCAGCCUGGGGCUGUGCCUGCAGAGGAGCACGUGGAGCUACAAGUGGCGCUACGUCCUGUACCCCAAGCGCAAGUGCAGGUGAUGAACACGUACAAAGUGAAGACUCUCCAGGUUGAGUUUGGAUGAGUUUUGCAUCUGCAGCUGAGCCCCUGCAUGGAUCACAUUCGUGUUGAACUUAAUCAAUGUGAAAAUAAACUAUGCAUUUAAAUCA